AUUUUGCAGGCUGACUGCGGCGGGAUGAUCCUGGAGUUGCACCUGCCAUUCCAUUUCUUCUCCUCCGGGUCUUCGGGAGAGCUCAGGGGCAUGAAUAGAAAAUGAGGACUCUGGGGUACGCAGAGCAUCAGGCAGCCUAGAGACUGGUAGAAGUACAGUGAUGGGGUCUUGUAUUUGAUGCUCGCAAUUCUAAGUGUUUUUGGAUGGUGCUGUGUCUGAGGACUCCAGCUGAUCUGAUGAUAGCCUAAGAAGACUACAUGCUGUUCCCUCCGAGCACCAAGCGAGGCUCAUUCGGAACCUUGGAUCUCAGUCCUUCAUGGAGACCAGCUCCCAGCAGGAAAUUGGCAUCCAGAUGGUUCCUCCAUGUGAAGUUGUCUCUGGCUGUGGGCUGACUGGAGGACACCUGGUGGCCAGGCCAGCCUUUUCUCAGUCAUCCAGGACAGGGCAGCAUGGUGCGGAUUCAAAGGAGGAAGCUUCUGGCAUCUUGCCUGUGCAUGACAGCUACUGUCUUUCUGAUGGUCACACUGCAGGUUGUGGUCGAGCUUGGAAAAUUUGAAAGGAAGAAGCUUAAAAAUGCCAAUUUGCAAGAUGGACAUAAAAAUGUUGAGGAAGAGCCUAACCAUCUUAACCCAUUUCCUGAAAAGGAAGCACUAGCCUUGGGUGUGAAGAAUGCGAUGGACAUUGGGAGCUACCCGGUUGUGCUGUGGUGGUCCCCCCUGACUGGAGAGACGGGCAGGCUCGGCCAGUGUGGAGCAGAUGCUUGCUUCUUCACCAUCAACCGGACCUUCCAGCAUCAUCCCAUGACCAAGGCCUUCCUCUUCUAUGGUACUGACUUUAACAUAGACAGCUUGCCUCUGCCUCGGAAAGCCUAUCAUGACUGGGCCCUUUUCCAUGAAGAGUCCCCCAAAAACAACUAUAAGCUCUUCCACGAGCCGGUCAUCACCUUAUUCAACCACACAGCCACGUUCAGCCGGCACUCCGACUUGCCGCUGACCACCCAGUACUUGGAAGGUGUGGAAGUCCUGAAGUCUCGCAGAUACCUGCUUCCUUUGCAGUCUAAAAACAAGCUAAGAGAAAAACUUGCUCCACUGGUGUACGUACAGUCAGACUGUGAUCCACCGUCAGACAGGGACACCUAUGUUCGUGAGCUGAUGGCUUACAUUGAAGUGGACUCCUAUGGUCAGUGUUUACAAAACAAAGAGCUUCCUCAGCCACUGAAAAAUCCAGCCUCCAUGGACGCCGACGGCUUCUACAGAAUCAUCGCCCAGUACAAGUUCAUCCUUGCGUUUGAGAAUGCGGUCUGUGACGAUUACAUCACAGAGAAGCUCUGGAGGCCACUGAAGCUGGGGGUGGUGCCUGUGUAUUACGGAUCCCCCACCAUCGCAGACUGGCUCCCGAGUAACAGAAGCGCCAUCCUUGUUUCAGACUUUCCUCACCCCAAAGAACUGGCACGCUUCAUUAGACAACUGGAUCACGACGAUCGAUUGUACGAAGCCUAUGUGCAAUGGAAGCUGAAGGGUGAGAUCUCUAACCAGCGACUUGUGACGGCUCUCCGGGAACGGAAGUGGGGAGUGCAAGACAUCAACCAGGACAACUACAUCGAUACGUUUGAGUGUAUGGUGUGCCGCAGGGUGUGGGAAAACAGUAGGCUACAGGAGCAGGGCUUACCACCCAAACAAUGGAAGGCAGACAUUAGCCACCUGAGUUGCCCAGAGCCUACCUUGUUCACCUUCUCAUCUCCCGUGUCUCCGGCCCUGCGUGAGCGAUCGUUGAGAGAGCUGUGGCUGCCCAGCUUCCAGCAGUCUAAGAGGGAAGCCCAAGCACUAAGGUGGCUGCUGGAUAGGAAUCAGAAUUUUUCAUCUGAAUACUUUUGGGGCCUAGUCUUUAAGGACUGAUUUUAAAAGGUAAUAGGAUGACAGAAUUAGAUUAAUUUUCUUGGAGGCCUUAAUAUUUGGAGAUAAUAGCUAUUCCGUUGAGUAUCCUUUAGAAUAAGAACUAAUUGCAACAGUUCUCACAAAGAGCUCUGUCAAUUAAUAUCUGUAAAUUACUUUUAGAGGUUGCCUCUAUAUUUUUAUACUAAAACAAUUGACUUUUUCAAGUGGACACUGGUUGCCUUCAGUUUAUGUGUUUGGACGCAUGUAUGCUCUGUCUUCUGUGGAAGCUGACCCUAAGGUCAAGUGCUUUCGUAGCUGCAGCUCUAGCUGUGGAUGGAUACUCACCUCCCUGUCAGCUGCUCAUUGGUAUUUGGCAAGUCCAGUUUGGUGAUGCUGAGAAUGAGUGAAACACAUUAGAACUUGGCAAUGAGCGAUCCCAUCUGUUGUUCUGAGCGAUGUGAGUGAGUAAGAAAAGCCAUGUCAGGCGUCUCUGUUCUCCAAAGGACACAUGCAUGUCUUUCUUCGUCUCUACACCCCCAAGCCGCCUCACUCUGAAGGGGCUCUAGCUGGUCCAAGCAUAACAAACACGUCUCUGGAGACCUUGCCCUUCCUCCAUGCCCUCUCCUUGCUAAACUGUUAGAUUGUUCCUAAAGCUGGCCUCCAAAGUCUGUUCCCUUAUUUGGCCACUUCUGCCCCUGAAGAUGACCACCAAUGUCCAGCUAUCAAAGUUAAAGUCCAGCAAUCAAAAGCCCCCCUUUGGCUACCCUAAUUAACAUGCCCAAUCAAAAUUAAACACCUCAUCCUAACACGGUUUUCCCUUUUUUUCUUUAUAAACUGCCUUUUGCCUAUCCAGAGGCAAAUAUCCCUCCCCCCUCUUUGUUCCUUUCCCUUCCCCUGUUCUCUAUCUCCUGUCUUUGUCCCUUUCCCCUGCUCUUUGUCCUGGGGCAAAUAAAUCUCCUUUGUACUGAGAACCUGCCUGGUCUUGGGGUGUCUUGUGCUGACUUUGAUGUCCUUUCAACUAGCCUAGUCUACAUUCUGAUGACCUGUGGCUUCCUCCCAUUUCUCUCAGAAGUAGAAUUUUCUAUAAAGACAUGACUCCUCCUAGUUUUUCCGUUAGUGUGAUGUCACUAACUGUCUCUUAUUACUGUGGAGCAGAAGAGGAAGAAUUGUCAGAUUCAUGGUGAACAGCCGUUUGCUUUGGCCAAGGUGAGGGAGGUGAAUGCCCUGGGCUCUCCUUUGGGUUCAAGCUGAUCAUCAUUAGGAUGACGUAACAGCCUCUCAUCAGACUUGCAGAUGAGCAUUUUCUGGUUUCUAAUGCUGUCAGAGAAGGUUCAGCCACAUUGUUUGGCUACCUACCAGCCCUCUGAAAACAAGAAGAAACAACAUUGGCCUUCAUUCCAGUUAGAUGGGAAGAGACGUCUGGUCAACACAAAGCCUGUUGGUAGCUGUUGUGUUCACCUUUGUGUUCUUAACUCCAGCAGUGGCAGCCAGUCUGUAAGAAAUGAGGAUUAAAAACAGCACACUGGUGAUGAGCGGUAGGAUCACCUUGCUGGUGGGAGAAUCUGUCUGUGGAGAGGGUCUCCUCAGCCUGUCAUUAAUUCAGCAUGAUUUUAGGCAAGCCUCUACCUCCCUAGGUCUUGGGUCUUAUACCUUAAGAAGUGAUUGAGAUGAUAUUUGAGGUUGUAACAGUCUUUAAUUCCUCAGGAAAUUUUAAGAUGUUUAAUUUUGUAGGUGCUUUUACUAAAAUGGGAAUAAACUGGCUUAGAUGUGUUUUUCAAGAGAAGGUUAUUCUUUGGGGAGGAGCAUAUGUAUUUUACAUAUUAUAUGGAUUAUUGGAAAUGGAGGGGAGUAUUACUAUUAUUAUUAUUAAUCUAAUAAUAUCAAAGCAGUAGAGGUUUGAAAGGGGGUUGUUGGUGCAAGUUCAGGCUUUAAACUGUGUACUGAAUGAAGUGGGAUUCUUUUGGAAUCCUCAAAAUGGUCUGCAAAAGCAUUUAUGCCUUUGACAAAAUAAUGUAGUAGCUUUACCUUCUCUCCAUAAAUGUUUAAAACAAAUGCUUAGUUCAUCAUGUGUUUCUUAAAUCUCAAUAUGUCAGGCAAUUAACAUUUUUGAGAAUCUCAAAUACGAUGAAUAUGACCAAUUCAAAAAAUGAUGAGUGAUUCUCCCCCAACCUCUCUCAGUGUCACUGCAAUGUGCACACCCCUAACUUAUAAAUCCAGUCAGUGCUGGUCAUCUGUGCAUGGGUGAAGGGCCUUGCACUGGCACACAGGAACACCGUCAGAGGCCACAUACUCAAGUGUAAAUAGCCUGGAGAUCGUCUUUCCCACUAUUGCGGGGAUUUUGACUCACAUGAUCUUGUGAGAGUCUUGUUUAGGUAGCCCGGGCUGCUGUGAGUUCAUCGUGUGAUGGCAAUGCCAUGUGUAGAGGACAUCAUUUCUCAACACUUCUUCCCAUCUUCUGGCUUUUGCUUUCUUUCUGUCCCACUUUCUCAAUGUUUCCCUACCCUUGACUGGGGCAGGUGUUUGAGAUAGAUGUCCCAUUUAUGGCUGAGUACUUUAGCCUUCUGUUCUCAGCAUGUUGUCCAGUUGUGCUUCUCUCCAGCGACUGCUGCCCACUGCAAAAAGAAGUUUCUGUGAUUAAGGCUCUGUUACAGGUAUAAACAAAAUUUAUUUCCUUUCUUAAAAUAAUUUUUUUCUAGAGUUCCGUACAUGAGUGCAUCAUUUCCACCCAUCUUUGUCUGUUCCCUAACUUCUUCCUUUCUUUAUUCACUUUCAAAUUCAUGACUUAUUUGAUUAUAAUUAUUAAUGUUAUACACACACACACACGUAUAUAAAACCUACUAAGCCAUUUAGUGUUACUUGUAUGUUCAUGUGUUUAGGGCUGACCGUUUGCUAUUGGACCACCUGUCAGGGCUCUUAUACCUAGAGAAUAUGGAUUCUUUCUUUCUCAGCAGCCACUGACUGCCAGUAGCUCUGUAUCUAGGGAUGGGCCCUUAUGUAAUUUCACCCAUUUCCAUUGACAUGUUGACUGGUAUGGUCUUUAUGCAGGUCUACUUUAGGCAGCCAUUCUGUUGAGAUUUCAUGGGUGCAGGAUCUCUGUCAUGUCUAGAAGACACUGUCAUGGGUGCAGCUUCACUGUUGUGUCUAGAAGACGUGGUCAAGAGUACAGCAUUCUUGUUCUAUCUAGAAGACACUGUCUUACACCAGGUAUCAUGGCCCUCUGGUUCUUACUCUCUGUUUUGUAUGGUUUUGUUUUUACUCUCUCUCAUUUUACUUGAAUUAUCUUUCAUCCAACAUAUUCUAAUCUUGCUUUCCCCUCCUCUACCUCCUCCCAGAUCUUCCUCAUCUCCCCACCUACCCAGUUCUAUGACCUUGCUCUAAAAAAACAAACAAAAAAACAGACACCUCCAACUCCCCCCCCAAAAAAACUGAAAACAAAAUAUACAAGCAAACCAUCAACAAAACAAAAAAAUGCCUAAACAAAAAAAGUACAAAAGCAUCAUUGAGUUUGUGUUGUGGGCCAAAUACCCCUGGGCAUGAGGCCUGCUUUGAAGUGUGGUUCUAGGCCCUGAGAUACUGCUUUGGGGAAAGCUAAUUUUUCCUUUGCUAGCAGUUUCAAAUUAAGCACAGUUUCCUGGUUAGUGGGUGGGAGCCUGUUUAUACUUCCCCUCCUCAGUGUUGUGUUGUAAAUGUACCUGGACACCCCAUGUUCACUUAUUCUCUGUAUCUUGACCACUUGUGGGUCUCUAGAGUAGCCUUAUAUGAUGAGGUCCCCAUAAUGAUGAGAGUUACCAUUAUCUGUGGCUGUAAGAAUAAAUGCUAUACUACAGUUAAAAGAUAUAUUGAUUUAAGAAGAGGGUGGUAGUAAAUUCUCCUCUUGGUUCUGUGAACUCUCCAGCCGUGGGUGGUUGGCAUGAGUUCCUUAAGUCCAAUUAGUUUUCAUCAAGGCAUAAAUGUCACUAUUGCAUAUUUCAUGCCAUCUUGUUCCAUCAUAGUUCUUUUUCCUGAGUUCCAUGGUAAAAUUUUGUCUAAACUUCAUUGGAGUAUAUCUCUAAGAAUUUUUAUACCAAAUAAAGUUUUUGAUUAUGUCAUACCCUCCCCAUUUGUGGACGAUAGAGAAGAGGAAAUUCCAUGAGAUUAAAAACUGGAGUAAAGUUAGGUACUCUGUCCCUAAAGCAAAAUAAUAGUACUGUGUUCACUCAGGUAAAAACCUUCUGAACUCAGAUCUCUGUAACUGGAGAGUAGUAGUCUAGUGGUCAGACACCAAAGAAAUAUUUCUUUGUGCAGUGUAUAGUAGUUAACACAGACACCUCACAACUGGCCAGAGUACAGAGACUGAGUGUCAGUGGAGGGCUCAGCUACAAAAGGGUCAUGUACAUCACACCCUUCCCCAAGGCUCAGGGACCAUUGAGGAAGAGGAUGCGGAAAGCUUGUAAGAGGCUGAGGUCAGGGAGGACUGGAGUGAAAUGGUACCUUCUGGACAUUACAGCACUGCUGCACUCAUGAAAUCACAGCAGCUAUGCUUGCCAGGACAAGGUCAAGCCAGUCGCUCUAGCAUGGAGUGGGAAUGGAUUCUUGAGCCCUGACCAGCAAUCAAAGAGCUGUGGAGAGAUGAUGCAUUCUAGGGAAGGGAGAGUCGUUUUUCUUCAAUGGCUUGCCCCUGGUAGGUUAGCCAUGCUCGUGUGGCUCAUUCCACACCCAGGAAUAUUUGGAAAGCAUUAUUUAGAUUCUGUGGGUUAUUAAAAAAUAAGGACAUGACAUUGUGGGGUAUAGGACAUCAGGGAAGAUAUUGGGAAGAUAUAGAGACAGGACUUGUGAGUAAAUAUUAUCAAAGUACAUUGUAAUAGUUCUCAAAGAAUUACCAAAAAUACAAUGGAAUACAUGUCAAUGAAAAUAAAUGUGGUAUGUGGUAUUAUGGAAUUUUUGUGUACCCACAGAUUUGAGACUUACAUGCUUCAAGAUUUAUUUUUGUUCCAUAGCCUAUGUUUCUUCUGUCACUAGGCUUUCCCUAAUAAGAUGCCUUCUUGCUUCUGACAAUUGCUGUUAAUAGUGUGAGAAAUGUCUCCCCAUCUAACAUGCUCUUGUCUGCUAAUAAGAACUGCACUCUGAAUGCCUAAGUGUACUUUGCCUACAUUUGUGCUGUCAUGCCAUACUUGUCUUUACCUCGCUCUCUGUGAACUGCCUCACGGGGCCACAAUAAGGAAUGCCUAUGCAACAGCCACUUUAGUGCCUCAGUAUAUUUUAUCUAGAUUAUCCACAAGAACAAGGUUUCAAAGCAGCAUGAGAAAGUGCAGAGAAAACCUACCAGAAUUUUUAUGAAGAUGAACAUUUUUACUAAUGUUUGCAAGUAGUCUUCACUUCUGUCCCUGGAAAUGGAGUCAACUUUGACUUUGGUCAUGAAACAAAUCUAAAGUUUAGAACUUAAAUUCUUACCAGCUUACGGAGUAGUUUCUAGUAGCUGGAAUAUCCAUCAGGGCCAUUAUUAUUAGUAGCAACUGGAUGCAUAGUAUGUUUCUCAGAAGAAAAACUGAAAAUGAGUAUCAUUUUUCCAGUCAUAUAUUAUGCAUUACGCAUAAAAAAGCCAGAUCAGUAUCUGUGGAACAUAGCAUAGCACAGACCUGAGCUUGAAAAACCUUACAUGGUAUUAUGUAUUUUUCAAAGCCAUUACAGUUUCUGCUAAAUAUAUUCAGGGAUCUCUUCUAGCCUUCCCAUUCCCCAGUUCCAAGACACUUAACACACUUUGCGUCCACGUACAGCCUCACCCCACUUCUGAUACCAAGUUCUGUCUUAGUUUCUCUUGGUUGUUUUAUAGAAUAUCACAGACUUGGUGGCUUAUGAAUAACUAAAAUUUACUUCUUAUAUUUUUGGAGGCUGGGAAAUCAAGGUGCCAGUCCAUUUGGUGUCUAGUCAGUGACUACUUGGUUCACAGAUAGCAGUCUUCUUGUGAUUCACAUGGAAAUACAUGAGUGAGUUCUCUGAGGCUUAUUUUAUAGCAACACUGAUCCACCUACAUGCCCUACUUACUUCCCAAAGACCCUACAUUUCUGUAUAUGUUUAAAAAAAAACAAAAAAACAGGGUCUCAUUAUGUAUCCCUGGCUUGCCUAGAACUGUGUUUAAAGAUUUGGCUGGCUUCAAAUUCACAGAGAUCUGACUGCCUCUGCCUUCCAAGUGCUGAGAUUAAAGGUGUGCACCACCACACCUGGCAAAUGCCUAAUAUUUGACAUUAAAAUUUUAGUAUAUGCAGUCCCUAGCACUAGUGUAGAGUAAGUUGACUACCGUAGGGCAGGAUGGGCACAAUUCUGCAUAAGUAGUGUGUCUUGGAAUCAUCAAAGUAUGUAGUAUGAAAGCCCAAAGAAGAACAGUGUGAUUAGUUUAUGUUAUGCAUAGAAACUUUGCAGUCUUGAAUAUUUUAUAAAAUGUUCUUAUAGUUCUUUAAAUUUUUGUUUUUAAAAUUUCUAUUAGUGAAUAUCUUUACUACAUAUUGUAUUAUCAACAUAUAUACACUGUAUAUACUAUAUAGUAUAAUAAACGUGUAUAGUAUAAUACAUAUAGUAAUAAAUUAUAUUGCCAAAAAUGUUGGAAAAAGUCAGGGGAUACGGAAUUAUGCAUUAUGACAUCAGAGUAAGAAAAAUAUAACCUGAGUGGAUUCUCUCCAAUGUGUUAUCUUUAUUAUCUUGCUCAAGUUACUUGUCUUUCUACAUAUUCUACCAUGUGCCUGCUGUGCUAGCUAACCUCGUGAGACAGUUGUAAUGAUUAAAUAAGCAAAUGUUCAUACUUUAUAUUUUACAUAAAUGAUGCUGUCUGUAGCCAUUACUCUUUUGAGAAGACUGUGAUUAACAUUUGUCCAAUACGACAGAUUGACUAAUGAUGGUCUUAGGGGGAUGCCCCUUUGUUCUUGUUUGCUAUUAGAUAUGUAUUUGCUUACUGCUGUGGAAUAGGCAUUGUGAGAGGCAAUGUAAUGAUGUAAGACUGAGAGAAAGAAGGUGAAGGGUUCUGGGAGGGCUUUGGGAUUUUAUGUUGUUAUUAAAACAGGGACUAGGAGGGCACAGAGAUAUCUCAGUGAUGAGAGUGCUUGCUGCUUUUGCAGAGGACCCAAGUUCAAUUCUCAGCACCCAUGUUUGGCAGACUGUAAUUCCAGCUCCAGGGAAUUCAGUAUCUUCUCCUGGACUCCAAGGACAUCUCCACACAUAUCCAUAUCCUCCAUACACUUCUACUCUUACACACACAAAUGUACACACAAAUAAAAAUAAAUCAUAAAAAUAUGAACAAGCAGGGACUGAGGAAUGCCCAGAGUAUUCUUGGUAACCCCCAUGGGAUUUCUGAUAGUUUUGUACACAGCACAAACCCUAAUAAAAUCUUCCUGCUUGAUUGAUGGGUACAGUUCAGACCUGAAACCCAAGGAGUGUCUUUUGUUGCUUUUCCAUUACCUUGUCCUGAAUUUUGGAACCAGACUGUUUAAUGUACCUGGACCAAGAACGAGGACAUAGAGAUGGCUAUAGGUCUGUAGAACUGGACCCCAAUUACUUGUUCACAGAAGAUCAAUAGGGAAUAGUAAAGAAGAGAAGCCCGAUCAGUCUUAUCUGAGCAGAUCUGCCCUCUCCCGUGUUCCAUGUGAUGUGGGUUUGAGACUGUAGGUACAACACACAGGAAUGAGCUUUUACACACAAGAGACUUCUCUACCCCUAUCUGUGGCCCCAUCAGUCCCCCAGCCUCUCCAACAUUAACUUAUUCCCUUAGCAGGGCUGGAGAUAGGGCUUAAUGGGAGAUAGGUUUACAAGGGUCACAGUGUGAGCAGGAGCAGAGAUGACUCUAAAGAUUUUAUCCUCUCGGAGCUGGAGAGAUGGCUCAGUGGUCAAGAGCACUGGCUGCUUGCUCUUCCAGAUUUCCUGAGUUCAAUUCCUAGCAACCACGCUAACCAUCUAUAGUGGAAUCUGAUGCCCUCUUCUGGCAUACAAUUGUAUAUGCAGAUAGAGUACUCAUUCAUAAAAUAAAUAAAUCUGAAAAAAAAAAGGAUUUUAUCCUCUCAACACAUUAGGCCACAUAGCUUAAUUAUAACCAAUCAGAGGUGAGUCCAUCCCAUUCCUGAACAAGAGAAACCUGGGCUUCCUGAUUGUCUUCCUUUGUUCCUUUGUACUCCUUGGAACAGUGAUCUGGAAGGUUCCUUCAGUCUGAGCCACUGAGGCUUCUGAAAUGAGUCAGGACUGGAUGGUGACGAAUGCUUCUGGAUAUCAGGCCAUAAGUGUGCCUUCCCUGUUACUUAACUUGCAAAGUGAGAACCACACCAUCCAAUGUAGAGUGUGAGAAGAAAUUCUACAACCAGCCUACCCAUGCUGUUAAUAACAUUCAAAUUCUAAUACCAUAGACUUAAUUCUUGAAACAAUGAUUGAGCUGAUUAGCAGACUUGAAGACUGUGCCUGUAGUUGAUGGGCUAUUAAAUGGUUUUGAGGCUGGGCAUAUUCCAAGAGCCUUUGAAAUGAAGUCAAGUUGUUUUUCAAAUACACAGAAUAAACUCCUGAGUCUACUCAGACAAGGGGAGAAAGAACAGUUUUGUGGAAGAAUGUCCUUGACAAUAAAAAAUGAUAAGUUAAA